AUGACCACCACCAAACCCCCUCCCCCCACACCAACCCCAGCCCCAGCCUCAACACCACCUCCCCCAACAACUCCAAGCCCCACCCCAACCCCCACCCCCACCACGCUCACAACCACCACACUCCUCCCCCGCCAACUAACCGCCCUCGCCCUCACCGCCCUGCUCUACACCGCCGCGACCCCCUUCACGCCCCUCACCUGGCUGACCGGCCCCAUGCACCUGUCCGGCACGCUCUUCCUGGACCGCCUCGCCGCCGGCCUAGUCCUCUUCAGCGCCUUCUACUUCCAGUGGGCGAUCGCCUCGCUGCGCGGGCCGGCGGCGGGGGUGGUGGUUUCGUUGCCGGUGGGGGGGUUACUUGGUGGUGCUGGUGGGGGUGGGGUGAGGUUGCGGGAGGGGAGGUUGGAGCGUGAUUUUGGUGAGGGAGGGGGGGUGGGGAGUGAGGUGGUGGUGGGGGUGUGGCGGACGGGGGAUUAUUGGCGGUUUGCGGGGGUGCAGGCUGUGGUGUUGGGGGUUGCUGAGUUUGGGGGGAGCGAGACGAUGCGGAGGUUGUUGAUGGUGGGCGUGGUGCUGGUUCUGUGGGUUGUGGGGUGGGCGGCGACGCCGGCGAGGGUGAAGAGGUGGGCGUGGGAGCAUGUGAAGGUGUAUUUGUUUGUGUUGGUGCUGGAUGAGUUGCGGAAUGUUGGGUAUGGUGCGCUGCAGGGUGUGGCGAGCGGGGGUCAGAGGAGGAGGCGCGGGCGGUGGUGA